AUGAGAAGGGAGUCACAGCAUGAGCGCGGACAGAGGAUCAAUGACCUCUGGGAGAUCCUCGACUCUCGUCACUCUGGGGAGGUUGACCUGAAUGACCUGCAGAAGGGCUUGAAGAAGAUGGAUCACCCUCUUAAAAAUGCAGACUCCUUCGUUAAAGAUAUCCUGACAGCUGUUGACUCGAGUGGGGAUGGUCGAAUCCAGUUUAAUGAAUUCGAAGCCUUUGUCGAACACGCAGAAAAGGAACUCGGGCAACUUUUUGAAAGUAUUGAUCGCAACCAUGACGGCCAUGUGAGCAAGGAGGAAUUAAAAUCUGCGUUUGCACGCGCCGGCUUAACAGUCCGUAACUCUAAGUUGGACCAGUUUUUUUCCGACGUGGAUACAAACAACGAUGGAGUCAUCAGUUUUGAAGAAUGGAGGGACUUCCUUCUUUUCCUUCCCGCGAAUCCAGCUCAUGGCUCCAAUAUGAGAGCCCUGUUGUCCUACUAUUCGGCAACAGGAAAUUUAAAUCCUGAGGGUGAUGUGCAUAUAAAUGAACCAUUUCAAGGCUUAGGUACAGACAAACUCCCUUAA